AUGCCAGACUCUUGGGACAAGGAUGUGUACCCGGAGCCCCCACGCCGCAUGCCUGCUCCCUCGACGCAGACCUCGAUCCCCAACCCCAUCACCUACUUGACAAAGGCUUACGACCUCAUCGUGGACUGGCCCGUGACCCUCUUGGGAGAAUUUAUUGAACAGCAGCCUGCUAAGAACCCAACCUACUACUAUCACCGACUGUACCGUCAAGUGCCAGACAUCACAGAAUGCAAACAGGGUGAUGUUGUGUGCAUCUAUGAGGCUGAGAUGCAGUGGAAAAGGAACUUCAAAGUUGACCAGGAAAUAAUGAACAUCAUCCAGGAGAGACUUAAGGCUUGUCAGCAGAGGGAAGGAGAGAGCACACAGCAAAAUUGUGCCAAGGAGUUGGAGCAGUUCACCAAGGUGUCUAAAGCCUACCAGGACCACUACCUUGCCCUAGGAGCCUACUACUCUGCCAGAAAGUGCUUGGCCAAGCAGAAGCAGAGGAUUCUGGAGGAGAGGAGGGCUGCCAAGCAGACCACUGCUGCCUAG